AUGAAAAGGAAAGACAAUAAGAAAACUGGUGAGAAUGAGAAAAAAGACAAUGCAGAUGAAGUUGGUGUCAAUUCUGAUGAAAGUACAGGGGAUACACCUUUAGUAAAGAAAAAGAAAGUAAAAUCUAAGAUUGAUGAUGAUUCAGAUGUUAGCACUGGUGAUACACCUUUAAUAAAGAAAAAGAAAGUAAAAUCGAAGACUGACGAUGAUUCAGAUGUUAGUACUGGUGAUACACCUUUAGUAAAGAAAAAGAAAGUAAAAUCUAAGAUUUGCAAUGAUUCAGAUGUUAGCACAGGGGACACUCCUUUAAUAAAGAAAAAAAAAGUAAAAUCUAAGAUUGACGAUGAUUCAGAUGUUAGCACAGGGGAUAUUCCUUUAAUAAAGAAAAAGAAAGUAAAAUCUAAGAUUGAUGAUGAUUCAGAAAAUGAUUUAGCAAGCACUCCAACAGUUGUAAAGAAAGAUAAGAAAAAAACAGGUCAGCAGGACUUAAGUUCUGUGGAUUCACCUUUGAUGAAGAAAAAAGUGAAGAAAAAUACUAAGAAUUCCUUAAAUGAUAGUGACAUUGAUAUGGGUAAUGAGGUCAUUCAGAAAUCCGUUGAUGUACAUAAAACAUCUGUAGAAAAAGACACAGAGAAAAAUCACAUAUCAGAUCUUAAUUCAGUUAAGCGUGUUAAAAGAAAAAGGGAACUCUCUGAUAGGUCGAAUGCCAGCACUAGUGAAUCUCCGGAUAUUAGGAGAAACAAGAAACUAAAACGAGAUAAAACUCCAGAUAAACAGAAUGAUUUUGAAUCAGAACAAAGUGAUGUAAGUACUGGUGAUACACCAGUUGUGAAAAAGGCUCUCAGGAAUAGUAGUGUGCAUUUAGAUAAACAAGAUGUUGAAAAAGAAGCUAGUGAAAGAGUAAAGGAUGAUUCUAAUUCUUCCAAAAACAAUAUAGAUGAUAAGGAAUCCCCUUGUAGCCCUCCUGAAGACAAAGAAAACUGUGAUAAUACAACUGAUAAUGAUAGUCCUAUAAAAGUUGUUAAAAAACGUGGCAAAGUGAAGCGACAGUUAAAUAGUUGCUCUGAUGAAGAAUCUCCCAUCGUAAAGCCAUCAAAACAGAAGGUAAAUUUAAAAGAGCUUCAUCAAAGUAAGAGCUGUAAAUGGGAACCUAAGCAUCAAUCAGACCCUAACAUCCAAAACGAUUCUGACAAUUCUGAUGAUGAUGGUGAUAGCUCAGAUGAUUUACCUUUAGCACAGAUUAAACACACAGUGAAAACUAGGGUAUCAGAUUUAUCAUCUGACAGUGAAGAUGAUAUUCCACUUAGUAAAACCAAAGCAGCUCAGAGUAAAGAGGUAGUUACCACCAAAGCUAGCAAAGCAAAAAAGGAAGAAAAUGUUCCGACAUCAGAUAUGGCGUACUUGAGAUUACUCCGGCAGAUCUGCAGGGAAUGCCAGAUGUUUGUACGUUACUGA